UAAUCCCAGACUAAAAUUUUAAGUUAGAACGAUUGGAGUAGAAAAGCUGUUUCUGGGCUAAAAGAUAAAUUUUCCAAUCUAAAAAAUUUAGCUUUUAGCCCAACCAUUGGAGAUGAUCUAAAGGGUCCAAAGGGUUGAAAAUAGUUCGAAAAUCAUCUUUGACCAAAGGCCAAGCCAAAUGGCUCGUGGGCUCCACUGGACAAAAAAGGUUCAAGGGGCCAACAUUAAACAACAUUAAAUAACAUGAAACAAUACUAAACAAUAUUAAACAACAUUAAAUAACAUUAAACAACAUAAAAAAAAUAUUUUACAACAUGAAAAUUAUUGACAAUUCAUAACAUAAAAUUAUUGAGGUAAUUUAAUUUAAGUAACUAUAGUAAUUCAAUUAAAAUAAUAAAUUAUGUUUGCCUCUAUGACCCUUUGGCCCUAGGUUGGAGAUGAUUUCUUUUCACAAGACUAUGUUUGGCCUUUGGCCCUCUGAUCCCUCGGUUGGAGAUAGUAAGAAAUAUGAUCUUGCACUGUUCAUUAAAAUAUUAAUUUCUUAGAAGGUCAGAUGGUUAAAACGAGUCUUUUGGCCCACCUUCGGUUGGAGAUGGCCUAAGAGAUGAAUUGGUGAAGCCGAAGUGUUAAGUUACAGUUAGGGAGGACUACACUAGUUUAGAAUCUUAAGUGUUAGGUUAAGUAAGACAAAAGAUUAUACUGAUCAUCUACGUAAUUUUAGGAAAACUAAUGAUUAAAGAAGAGGGCACAGUAAAAGAUUGAUGACCAGAUAAUCCCUCAGAAUGAUCAUUUUUUUGUACGUAAAAGUUUAAUUAUUCAUAAUGGACAAGUGAUAUAUAAAUAGAAUGUUAUAAAAAAUCAGAGUGCGAAGUACGUAAUUGGUGAUUGCGUUUUUGGUCUGCUGUAUGACUUUAACUUUCCUUCUAAGAGCAUUGGGUAGACAAAGGGAAAAAGCAUGCCACAAGAUAGUGCCGAAUGGAAGAAAAGGAUUUGAUCGCUUGUACACCUAUGAGAACCCCAGCAGUUCAUCUUUGCUUACGGAAGGUAUCCAUGAUGACAACAACAACAACUAUGCAUCACACCAGGUGUGAACCGCGUCCACUCAGCGUGAGUCCCCGUGCUUGCACUGACAAUGAUAAGCUGGGAAAUAUGGCAGUGGGCUCUGAUGUUUUCAUUCCAAGUAGGUCGUCUUUACAUUGCACUGGUCCUCAUGCUGAUGGUGACUAUCAGGAGCAAGAUAAUGUGCUGCAGGCAUGUGUUGGUUCAAAUCCCAGCGAGGAUGUUGCAAUUAGCGUUGGUGAUCUGCACGGUGAAAACACUGUUUUCGUCCAAGCACAUAGCAGGCCAAGAGUUACUCCAUCAGGGUGCGUCUUUAUUCUCAAUAGCAUCGGAUUAGAAAUAUUGUCGGCCGGUUUUGAUCAGGUUUCCUCCCCACGCAAGCCUCUUUAUGCACUAAUCAGUUUGUUGUUGGCUAUUGUCGGUGUGGUUACUUGCAUCUGGGAGCUCAUUCACGGUCAAAUGAAGGAGAAGGGUAAAGAUGCAUCUUCAAAUAGCAUGGUUUAUCGUUCGUUGCCUGACAUCUUUGGAUUGGGUCUUGCUGUAAUUCAAUGUGUUUGCUCGGCAGAGCAAUAUUAUUUCCACCAUCGGCAAACUGGUAAUCCCAUGAGACUGUCCCCCGUGGCUCUCUAUUUCUAUGUUUGUUUGGUGGUUUUAAAGUACAAUUGGAGGGUGUAAUCGAUUUGAAUUUCAGAAUAUUUUAAAUGACAUUUUAUAAAGUGACUAAUUAUUAAACAUUUUAUUGGAUUCUAUAAUUCCAUAUAGAUUUGUAUGUAUUUCUGUUACAGAUUUGGAUUUGUUUGGUGGUUUUAAAGUACAAUUGGAGGGUGUAAUCGAUUUGGAUUAGUUCUUGCCAUUGUUCAAUGCAUUUGCUCGGCAGUGCAGUAUUAUUACCUCUGUCGGCACGCUACUAAUCCUAUAAAACUGUCCCCUGUGCCUGUUGUAUUCUUUUUCGGUUUGGUUGAUUUAAAAUUAGUUAAGACUCAGAGGUACACCGUUGAUGACACCCUUGAGAAUGGUGCUUAACCAAAGAUAGACUAGAUUUGAGUGAACACAAAAAUGAUUCUCAAAGAAUAAGAUCGACCAGCGGAAGGUUUUCUUAGCAGGGAAGCAUGCCUUGAAGUUGUCACCUUUAACGUAUAACGAAAGCUCAUAUAUAGCUUCUUUGUAGAAAUACAAGAUCCCUGUUCAAUAGAUUAUCAAGUUCGUUUA